AUGUGGUACUCUCUUGCUCUGCUGGCCCUGGCCAGCUAUGCCACCGCACAAACGUCAACAGACUGCAACCCGUUGAACGUAACAUGUCCCGCAGACCCAGCUCUAGGAACAGAACACACAUGGCACUUCAACAGCACGUUGGACGAAACCAUUUGGAACAUGACCACCGGAACCUACGAGUAUGGCGACGACGGAGCCGAAUUCACCCUCGCGACAGAGGGCUCCUCCACCCUCCUGCAAUCUAACUUCUAUAUCUUCUUCGGUGUCGUGGAAUCCCACGUCAAGAUGGCCAAGGGCGGCGGUCUGAUUAGCAGUGUGGUCCUGGAAUCCGAUGACCUGGACGAGAUCGAUUGGGAGUGGGUGGGAUAUAACACUAGCCAGGUGCAGUCUAAUUUCUUCGGAAAGGGCAACGAUAGCACAUUCGACCGCGGCGGCUACCACGACGUCACAAACGCAGACACCGAGUUCCACAACUACACUACCUACUGGGAUCAGGAUAAGCUUCAGUGGUGGAUCGACGGCACUAUGGUCCGUCAGCUCAACUACGAUGAUAAGGGUACCCUUGGUGGAAAGAACUACCCGCAGACACCCUGCCGCGUGAAGUUCAGUCUCUGGCCUGCCGGUACGAAGAGUGCUGCACAGGGUACAAUCGAGUGGGCUGGUGGUCUGGUCCAAUGGGACGAUGCUCCUUUCACCAUGACCCUUGGAAAGCUCCGCGUGAAGGAUUUCCACACCGGAAAGGAGUACACUUACUCGGACCACUCAGGUUCCUACGACAGUAUCGACGUGGCCAGCGGAAACUCUACCACAGUUACAGAGCUGAACAAACCCCCGCCCAAGUCCCUAGCCGAGAAGUGGGAUGACCUGGGUGAAGGAGCUCACAUCGGAAUCUACUGCGGCGCAGCCGGAGCCGGAGUCCUCGCCAUCGCAGCCUUCCUCAUCUUCUGUCUGCGCCAGCGCCGCAAGGGUCGUCUCGAACACGCCCUCGACGACAGCCGCUAUGCCGAGAACCGUACCGAGAUGCAGAACUUCCAGAAUGACUGGAAGCAGAGCGAGUGGAAGCACGGUGGCUACCAGCAGGUCAGCAACUAG